UGUGCAGCUGCCAGUGCUUCUCGCCAUUACCAUUCCGGGCACAGCGCACCUCUGCUCCACACGCAGAAAUGGAGCCGGUGCUCUGUGGUUGACAGGCGUCGGAGGGCAUGAGGCGGGGAGGAGGAGGAUGCAUGACGGCUGCAACCUUUCAGGCAAUCUGGAUUAACUCGCUGCGAGAGAGAGAGAGAGAGAGAGAGAGAGAGAGAGAGAGAGAGAGAGAGAGAGAGAGAGAGAGGAAUUAGGAACAUCUGGCUCCAGCCUCUCUCUCCAUUCAUCCAUCCACAAAGGCGUUUUCUAGCGCGCUCCUUCUUUUUGGCGGGGUGGUGCACCGUGGAGGAGGCGAUCCCGCUCAGCCUCCAAAGAAGCCUCGGCGGGGGCCCUGCAGCGUGAGCGCGUCCACGCUGUGCGAUGCUCCAUCCUCCUCUUGAAGGGCAUCGACGGGCUACCAAGGCCGGACACAUGUCAGCGCGUCCGGGACUAAAUUCAUCUCUCCGCCCCCGGAUGUUCAUCUUCUUGGCUGGGAAGGCACUCCUCUUCUGACUGAUGUGCCCCUUGCAAGGCGUAACAACGUGAAUGAGAAGUCCAAUGGAGACCCUCCUGCUUUAUCUGAUUGUCCUCUGUGCGGCUGUCAAGGCCCACAAAGUUCAAGUCUGUCCGAAGCGCUGCGUGUGCCAGGUGCUGAACCCCAACCUGGCGACGCUGUGCGACAAGAAGGGGCUGCUCUUCGUGCCCCCCAACAUUGACAGGCACACUGUGGAAAUGCGACUGGGCGAUAAUUUUGUGACCAGCGUCAAGCGAAAGGAUUUUGCCAACAUGACCAAGCUGAUGGACCUGACGCUCUCCCGCAACACAAUCGGGACGAUUGUACCUUACGCUUUUAAAGACUUGGAGAACCUGCGAGCCCUGCACCUGGACAGCAACCGUCUGACGCGCAUUACCAACGACACCUUUAGCGGCAUGUCCAAGCUGCACCACCUUAUCCUCAACAACAACCAGCUGACCCACAUCCAGAUCGGGGCCUUCAACGAUCUGACGGCGCUGGAGGAACUCGAUUUGUCCUACAACAACCUAGAAAGCGUCCCUUGGGUUGCCAUCCAGAGAAUGUCCAGCCUCCACACCCUCAACCUGGACCACAACAUGCUCAGCUACAUCCCCGAGGGCACGUUCUCGGGUCUGCAGAAGCUAAAGAGGCUGGACGUGACCUCCAACAAGCUGCAGAAGCUUCCCCCGGAUCCCAUCUUCCAAAGAGCCGGCGUACUGGCCACGUCAGGUAUCUUGGGCCCCACGUCGUUCGCGCUGAGUUUUGGAGGGAACCCGUUGAGAUGUAACUGCGAGCUGCUCUGGCUGCGGAGAUUGCGACGCGAGGAUGAUCUGGAGACCUGCGCUUCACCGCAGCACCUCGCUGGACGAUAUUUCUGGACCGUAUCGGAGGAAGAGUUCCUGUGCGAGCCUCCUCUCAUCACCCGGCACUCUCAGGAGCUGCGAGCUUUGGAAGGUCAGAGCGUCACGCUGCGCUGUAAAGCCCGCGGCGACCCGGACCCCAUCAUCCACUGGAUCGCCCCCGACGGACGCCUCAUGUCCAACUCCUCCAGAGCUACGGUCCACACAGACGGCACGCUGGACAUCCUCAUCAGCACCGUCAAGGACACUGGUUCUUUCACCUGCGUGGCGUCCAACCCAGCCGGCGAGGCCCAGCAGAAGGUAGAGCUGCUCAUCGCCAAACUCCCUCACAUCACCAACAAGACGGCUGCCGAGCAGCAGCCCGACCCCGGGUCUUCGGACAUCGCCACUGUGACCAAGACGGGGGCAGAGGGGCCAGGCGGGGUGCCUCUGGGGAACGCCAAGACGAGCCUAGAGAGGAAGGUGGUCAUCGCCGAGGCCACGUCCAACUCAGCCCUGGUGCAGUUUCAGUUUCAGAGGAAUAUUCCAGGGAUCCGCAUGUUUCAGAUCCAGUAUAACGGGACCUACGAUGACUCUCUGGUCUACAGAAUGAUCCCGCCGACCAGUGAAAACAUCCUGUUGAACAAUUUGGCGGCAGGGACGCAGUAUGACCUGUGCGUCCUGGCUAUCUACGACGACCAGGUGACCUCAUUGACCGCCACCCGCGUCAUCGGCUGCGCCCGCUUCACCACCGAGCCGCAGUACUUGAGAUGCCAUUUCAUGCAGUCGCAGUUCCUGGGAGGAACCAUCGUGGUCAUCAUCGGGGGCAUAAUCGUGGCCUCAGUGCUGGCUUUUAUCAUCUUUCUCAUCGUGCGCUACCGGGUGUGCAACCAGGGCGACACAGACAAGGCCCUGGAGAUGGGCGACAUACGUUCCCUGAGCAGUGACGGACAGCUUCAAGGCUGCGGACUUCCAAAAUCUCUCUCUAAACAAGUCCUGCGUCCGGAGAAAAAUGACAAGGACUGUCUCCGAGUAGCUUUGCCGCCGCUGGAGCAAGCCAAGCAGCGAGCACCUGUCUCCACAGCCGCCUCCAACGCCACCACCAGCGCCACAACCAAACCCUCCGUUCCCGACUGCACCGUGUCCAACUCGGCAGCAAGCCACAGCUGGCACCCGGCAUCCCCCGGCGUUCCCAGGGUGAAACGUUCAACCGCACCGCCCAAACCCUCUGAGGUCCGCCUGGCAGACGUUGAACUCAACAACGUGAACCGCAAUAACUCCUCGCAGGUUAAGAUGCCGCCCGUCGUGGCCCGAGUCAUACCUGGACAACCCAUCACAUGGACUGCAGCUCCUAGGGGUCCGCGGGUCCGCCAGACACCGCGACAUUACAUGACUGUGCCCGCUGGGGGCAUGAGGGUGAACCGCAGACACUCGCUGAACGUGGACUCAUUCGGGGAGCGCUUGUACGUGGCGUAUCCCAAAACGGGAGCCAGCCUGCGCUCUAAGCGCAGUCUGUCCAUGAGCGGAGAGCUGCCGCAGCUGCAGAGCACAACAAACAUUCACAGGGCUCGCGACAAGCUGUCCAGGUCAGAGUGGCUUCUUGAGAGCACUUUAUGAUUCGAAGUUUACUGCCUGCAUCCUUUGGCGUUUUUUUCCUGGAUUGGAUUUGUGGCCUGCUGUGGAGCUGCCCUGAAGGUCCCCUGCACAACUCUAAGGGAAUAUUAAGGCUUCACUUUUGUUUUAUACACUAUAACCUAGAAAAGUCUUCUUCAUAAGGGACUUUGAGUGAACCAAGAGAAGCACAAGUGUAUAAAACAACUCUUGUACAAAUGUUUAGUUGCGUGUCUAUGAAUGCAGUAACCCGGACACGCACUGUAUUCAAACAGAGACAGGGUUGUCGCCCUAAAGACAACAACACAACCUUGGCGGGGGUUUUGGGAGCGAUAAUGAAUGUGCUUUAUUUACAUCCCAGACGCAGCACAAUGCAGCAUUUUUUUUGUGGCACAUGUUGACUCAGCCUUGAUACUGCCCUGCGGUUUGAAUGGAUCAAAUCGUUUCUAUCACGUAAUCGCAUAAAGACCCGAGCACAGCUUUGAAUGACGACUGGCGCAGACGAAAUGCCCGACAGGCGCGGAGAGGAGGGACUUGGUGUUCUGCGUGGACGAGCUCCAGACAAACGAGACCUUAUUACCAUGCUUCUUUUUUCCUUUCUUUCUACGCAUUCUCAUGACACGCUGUUGUAAAUUAACUUGUAAGCGGAACGACCAUGGCGGGUAUUCAAUUGAUUUUGCUGUUGUUUCUGUUUGAUGUUGAACAGUAUAAAUAAACCAGUGUUACAAGGAACAUUCCAAAUGUGACGUCCAGCACUUCAGUUUUAGGGACAAAACAAGUUCCCACCAAAUUCCUCUGAGCUGUCAAUCCUCAUCAGGCUCACGUUUCCACUACAGGGUUUAUAGUCAGGAUGACUACUUCUGCUAUAAAUUGCGCCAUAUCAUGUCAGAAAAUGCCAUUUUUAUUAGAUGACUCAGCACUUUGUGAUGGCAUUAUACACAUGUAACAAAUGCCUUGUGUACGUUGGUAAACCUCACUCCCUGACAAUUUCAAGAGUGUGCUGGCUAAUAGCCUGGGCUUUUAGCUCGGUGGUCAGCAUGCUCACCUCUUAUGCCGACGAUCUGGGUCGUGCACUGCUCAGAGCAGCCAGGAGCAGUAGGAAACAACGCAACACAGAGCUGCUACACGCAAACAGCAUAUAUUUUCUCAAAUGCUGUGCUUACCAUUUCAUUGUUCUCACAUAAGUCACUAUUCUCUGUCAACUAGGGUUUGGCCCCGCCCUAUUAGGUACCCUCCACUACUUUUAGUACCCUAAUGGAGAUGAGCCAAACAGUGGGACAGUACAGAUUAGUCAUUUUGGUGAUGCAGACAUUGAAAUCAAAGCAAGAUUGAAUAUCUUUCAGCUCACCACAAGUGGGUCGAGUAGUCAAAAAUUGUACUCAAGUAAGAGUUUAGAGCAGUGCUUCUCAAUUAUUUUCUGUCACACCCCCAAUAGGAAGGAGAAAAUAUGUUGCAUCCCUCUCCCCACACUC